AGAGGAUAGACUCUGAGGGUUCUUCUAACAAGAGCACGGGGCACACUCUCCAGCCUGCAGCCUCCGGGAGUUGGUGCUGUUCACCCCGCGGGCCAGGGAAGGAAGGAGGGAAAGACGGACGGACCGGGCUGUAUUGCCUCCGCUCCCUUCCCCUCUCCUCCCCACCCAUUGCCCACCACCCACCUACCCCCAGCAGGAAGAGUACAAGGUUUCCUGGGUUGGGCAGGAGUGUUCAGCAACUGUGUGGGUGGGGGCUAGGGGUGGAGGAGGCUUCUUUUGUCCCCGAGGAUCACUGGCAGGAGCCUCCAAACUUUCUGCACAGUGAGACCUCUCUGAGACCAGAGAGAGCAGUGACAAAGUUGAUCUGAGUGUGGGUCAAGGAUGGGUAGGGCGCACCACUCCUGGGGCUGCUGCUGGCCCCCAGUGGGGGUACUAGUGGCCUUUGCUGCCGGGCUCUGGGCUGGUGGCAUGGCCAGCGAGUAUGACUAUGUGAGCUUCCAGUCGGACAUCGGCUCCUACCAGAGCGGGCGGUUCUAUGCCAAGCCCCCUCAGUGUGUGGACAUCCCAGUGGACCUGCGGCUGUGCCACAAUGUUGGUUACAAGAAGAUGGUAUUGCCCAACCUGCUGGAGCAUGAAACGAUGGCCGAAGUGAAGCAGCAGGCGAGCAGCUGGGUGCCACUGCUCAACAAAAAUUGUCACAUCGGCACCCAGGUCUUCCUCUGCUCUCUCUUUGCCCCGGUCUGCCUGGACCGGCCCAUUUAUCCAUGCCGCUGGCUCUGCGAGGCUGUGCGGGACUCCUGUGAGCCCGUCAUGCAGUUCUUUGGCUUCUACUGGCCAGAGAUGCUUAAGUGUGACAAGUUUCCAGAGGGAGACGUCUGCAUUGCUAUGACCCCUCCAAACACCACGGAGGCCUCCAAGCCUCAAGGUACAGCUGUGUGUCCACCUUGUGAUAAUGAGAUGAAAUCUGAAGCCAUCAUAGAGCAUCUCUGUGCCAGCGAGUUUGCACUGAGGAUGAAAAUAAAAGAAGUGAAAAAAGAAAAUGGAGACAAAAAGAUUAUCCCCAAGAAGAAGAAGCCACUGAAAUUAGGACCCAUCAAGAAGAAGGAACUUAAGAAACUCGUCCUAUACUUAAAGAAUGGGGCUGACUGCCCUUGUCACCAGCUAGAUAAUCUCAACAAUCAUUUCCUCAUCAUGGGGCGGAAAGUGAAGGCCCAGUACUUGCUGACGGCCAUCCACAAGUGGGACAAGAAAAACAAAGAAUUCAAAAACUUCUUGAAGAAAAUGAAAAAUCAUGAAUGCCCCACAUUUCAAUCAGUUUUCAAAUGAUUCCCUCCCAAAGGGUGGGUUUGAGAAGGGGGAGGGUGGGCUGGGGUAAGGGGUGGGGGGAGAGCAUAGUCCUGGAACCUUGGUGGUUCACACAUAUGGCUCCUUCUAUUAGUAAUGGAUGUUGUGUCUGUUGAUUUUGUUUGUGUGUUUGUGUUUGUGUGUGUGUGUUCUGUAAUUCCCUUCAAAGCUUCCACUUCUGUAACUUCCCCCUUACCUACCUCCCCUUCCCCUGAAAUGCCUUCCCCUCCAUCAUUAUCCCAACUUCUGAGACAAGUCAUUAUUGAAAAUUAAGAUAUGGGGUCUAAGAGGGACAAAUGAAAAUGAAGAUCUGCAUCAUCCAAAGCCCCACAGGCCCUAGCUAAAACCAGGUACAGAUCCAUUUCCACCAAGAAGUUUAGGAGGAAAGAGUCUGCCAGGGAAAAGGAUGGUGGUGGUGGUUGGUGGGGAGGGGAAGGGACAAAAGAGAAAGAGAGGUGAAGCCAGAUCAUUUUUUGAAUUAGGCAACGAGAAAACCCUCCAAAUGCCAAAUUCUACAACUUUGCUCAUUUAGCUGAUAAAGUGCUCAUGAAUCCAUCAGCAAAAAUCUACCCUGGGGGAUGAACCAAUUCUAGCUAGUUAAUAAAUCACAUUGCACCUAAUUAUAGGUUAUUUUCCUUUUCUCUGUUUCUGUUUAUUUUUUUAACUUCAGACCAAUAAAGAAAUAUUUGCAGAGAAGAAAAUCUUUAAAGUACAGUUUGUAGGUCCCUCAACCCUCCCUCAAACUAGCAACAAAGCCACAUCAAUGCAUGCCCUCCCCAAAAGUUUGGCCAUGAUUUCUUCCAUCACCUUUCGAAAGAAUUUCCUUCUUUCUGCAUGCCAUGCCAUUCACAGCCACUCUCAGUUCCCUUCUUUGUAAUGCUUCAGGAAGGGCCAGGUUGCAUGGGCGAAGGUCAGAUUUUCCUGUGCUUCCUGUCAAGCAGAGGCAGUACCGUGGGCAUGAUGCUGCUGACAUGAAACAGAUGAUGUUUUUUCAGUGACAGCACUUUCAGACAGAGCCUGAAGGCAAUACUUAGCGGUUCCAAAGAAACUUGUUUAAAGGGGGGAGGGGGCUGGAAAGCUGUUUUAAAACAGCUUUGCAAAUAAGUACUCACCCAGCAUAAAUCACAGGUUAGCCUGGGUAAGGAGCCCAGGGCUCUGAUUUCACCAACCAUCCUGUUUAUGUACCUCCUAGGGAGAAGGAGAUCUGGCAGUUUUGGGGUUGUUUUUGCAUUAGUUUAUAAGGCUUAAAAAAAUCAAAACAUUUCUCUCCAUCUAACCCUCCCUCUAUUUUGUGGUUCAGUGCAGAGGAGAGGUAAAGACAGACCAAGAUUCCUAGAUUGUUUUUAGACUUCUUUCCAUAAGAGUGGCAUUCUGUCUAGGAAGUAUUGGCUGGUUUUUGCAUCCAAUCAUAAUAGUAAUUGCAUUCAUAUAGGGCUUUAAAGUUUGCAAAGUGUUUUCCAUGUAAUUUUGUUUGAUUAAAAUGAAAUGCUGGGGAGAAGAGAGGGGUUUGACAAGGCAGAAUCACUUUGUUUGGGCACAUCUUUUUGGUUCCUUUACACUUUGGCCUCAAAAAAGCAAAUUAAGAAACACUCUACUUUAAAUCCCUUGUUCUACUGUGUGGAAGCUAGUUAUUUGAAGUUAAGAUCCUUUGGGUGGCUCAACAACAAAUGUCGAACUAAUCUGCCCAUCUCAUCCCUCCGCUUUUUCAGGCUCUCAUUUCUGCCCAGUGAAUUUUCAGCUAGCCACGUGCAAAGAACACAACUCACCAUGCCAACAGUUUUUCCUCAGGCCCCUCAAGAGACUUCUUAGAGCCAAAGUGUUUGAAAAAUUGUGUUAAUGCUUCACUUUAAAAAGGACCUUCCUUUUCCUGGAACCUUCUAGAAAGACAGUUAUUUUCCCCCCUUGUGUUUUCUCUGUAACCCCACUUAGAUUAGUCACAAGACUUUAAAAAGUGAGAUCAGUUAUAACUUCUGAAGUCCCAUUAGAUACAGAACUUCCUGGGAAGAUGCUGGAAAUACAGUCUCCAGCCUGUGGUAGAGUUGAGAAGCCAGGCACUGGUUACACAGGCCAGAGACAAAAGCAGCCAAAAGCCAUUGAAGUCUUUCUAAGAAUUCCAUUCCAACCCACAAUCUGCCCCUCGGGUUGCCUGCUUAAGAGUUAUCAGUCACCAUAAUAUAAUUAAUAAGUGAUAUUAUCUUUUGAACGUGUGGCUCCCCUGUCCCUGAUAAAGUUUGGAGAGGACAAGAUAGGGUUGAUAUGAUUUGUAUGUGAUAUUUCAGAUGAGGAUUUUGUGUUUUUUAUUGAUUUUUACACAUGUAUGUACAUUAGUUGAUUAGAAUUAAAAAAAAAUUUUCUUGUCAUCAAUUAAACUUAAAAGCAAGUCCAUGACUUACAUGGAAUAGAUUUUAGAUUUGAUAAUUGAUUGUAAACUCAGACAUUCUUUUCUGGUUUGCCUGACAUUUUUGAUCAAAUUGAUACACCCAAGAAGAUGUUUUUACAAACAAAAUGUGACAGAGACUUCUUUCCACAAUUAUCUCGAAAAAAAAAUUCUGAGAUAAUAGUUGAUUCUAGUAGGUGAAAGAAAUUUAUGGAAGAAUGAGAGGUUACAUCUUGCUAAUCUCUAUUUAGUGAGGAUUCAAAGACAGCUAAGUUAGGAAAGAGCUAAAUAGUAAGAAAAUGUGGUUUUCUAUUUCUUAUUAUUUUCUUUAGUCUACGAAUGGCAUCUGCUAGUGUGACCUCAUCCUCCAAAUUCCUGGAUUUGGGGCUUUUACUGUGCAUAUUACAAAGACUUUCAGUUAUAUAUAGCAGCCAGCCAUGUCUGGGACCCUGCAGCAGUUUCCAGAAAAGAUGGAAGUUUGGCAAACUUUUCCCUCUCCAAGGGCACCCUUUCCAUCCGAGAUUUGGGCAUUUCCUGAAGCCAGAGCAAACUCAAACCAAACCUUUGAACAGAACCCUUGGUUGUAUCCCCAAAUAUUUCCACAUGGAGCUGCCCAGGAUGAGAUGUGACACCUUUUGCAAGUUGACCUAAAUGCAAAAAGUUAAAGCAGCCAAAGUUUAAAAGUCAAUGUAACCCCCUUUUCCCUGAAAUCACCAGCCUUGUUUUGGUAAUAGGCAGGACUGAGAGCAAGCUCAUAAAAAAAUCAGAGCUAGCACCAGAAGAAGAUGGUCUGUAUGGUAUAAAGGGGAAACUGGUGGACUCCUUAAUGGAACCUUGGUUCUAUCUCUUGGUACCAUUGGGGAACUCUUUUUCCUUGGGCAGAAACCACCCAAAAUGUUUGACCCACCUACAGUAGUUCAUGCCAGGACAUGGUCAAAAAACCCCAAGCAGCUUAAUUUUCCUUGUUUCUUCAAAUUGCAGAUUUUCUACCUUCAUUAAAAAAAAACCAAACAACAACAAACAAAAAGAAAAACCUACAGACCAACCAAAAUAGAUUCUCCCUCUCUUCAGGCCUCCAAAUAGCUAGAAGAGUGGCUGCUACCAUCUCAGGAGUUUCUAAGCUUCCUUUGGUUACUGUCAUUCAUAUUUUCUGAGUAUCUGUUUGCUAAGCAGUCUUCAGGUAACAUAGCAGGAAAGGACUAGCAGCACCUACUCACCAUCUGCCAGCAACUGCAUGGGACACAGUGGAGAAAUCGUACGUCCCUCUGGAGUCCUCAAAUUCCCUUCUCUUAUACUCCAUAUCUUAUAUGAAAGCUUUGAAUACUGUGAAGAUGUUUUCUAUUCCAUCUCAUUUCAGCAUGUUUUUUCAAACUGCAUUACUUUACCAGAUGUUUUGAUGUUAUCACUUAUGUUAAUAGCAAGUCCAAUAUUUGUUCAUCUUAUUCUCAUGCUUUUCCUGCCAUGUAUCAAUAUUCACUUAACUAAAAUCACUCAAUUAAUCAA